AGCGAGGGUCAACAUGAGGGGCCGCUAACUGGAGCCGCCCAGGCCGCCUCUGAUCAGCUUUGAUUUAUUGAUCUCCGGUUUCAUAUAAGGAUCGAUGAGAAGCCAGGGACUCUGAUUGGACCUCCUGCAGCGAACAGCCAAUGAACGAGUUAAUGCGCUCUGACGCAGGAUGGGCCAACAGGAGGCAGCGGGCCGCAGGUGGGCGUCCUGAGCAGCAGAGGGGCCCUGACGGCCGGAGCAGCAGCAGUUCUUCCUCCUGCAGACCCAGCCGGAUCCCUGCAGACCCAGCCGGAUCCCUGCAGACCCAGCCGGAUCCCUGCCGAGCCUCCGGGCAUGCCGCCCCGCCGCGCCGCGCCGCAGCCGCCGCGCGGCUCGCCGAGCUGAGGGGAGAUGAGCGGCACCGGGAGCCGGAGACCCGCCAGCAUCCCGGUGCCAACUCCGAGCCGAUCUGGAGUGGCGUUGCUGUGCAGCGGCGAGAGCGGCGACAGCUUUGACGUCUGCCUGCGGCUGAGCAGAGACGCUCUGACUAUCCAGAAGCUGGACGUGGUCUGCACCGACGGCUCUGAGCCCAACGCCAAUCACAGAGCUGUAGUCCUGAGACGACAGGCGGCUGGCGGUCUGGGCCUCAGCAUCAAGGGCGGAGCGGAGCACAACGUUCCCGUCGUCAUUUCAAAGAUCUUCAAGGACCAAGUCGCCGAUCAGACGGGGAAACUGUUUGUCGGGGACGCUGUGCUGCAGGUCAACGGCAUUAACGUGGAGCAUUGCACGCACCAGGAAGUGGUUCACCUGCUGAGAACUGCGGGCGAUGAGGUCACCAUCACCGUCCGCUACCUGAGCGAAGUCCCGUCCUUCCUGAAGCUGCCGCUCGGUUCUCCUGGGCUGGACCAGAACCGGGUCUGCUCUCCGCUCUUCGACAGCGGCUUCCAUCUGAACGGGAGCAACACGGCUCCGCCCCCUUCACCCUCGGCGAAUGAGCCAAAGUACGAGAAGCGCUGGCUGGACGCCGUCUGCCUGCCGCUGCGGAUGGCCAGAGUCUCCAGACGGCGAGCCGGGAGCGAUAAGCUGAGGUCCAACUGCUUCGAGCUGUUCUCCCCAGAUGUGUCCAGCUGCAGCGUCCUGCAGUUCUGCUCGGCGGCAGAAAGUUCGGACUGGCUGCAGGCGAUCGCUGCGAACAUCGGCGAACUGACGCAGGAGAGCAUUAAAAUGCUGAAUAAAUCCGCUUCUACUGAUGAUCAGAUCGUCCACAUGGGCUGGGUGAGUGAGGCUCCGGACAGCAGCGCCCCCUGCAGGAGUUCGGCCUUCAGGUUCCUGGCGCUCAGAGGGCCAUAUUUUUAUAUCUUCAGACGGCCGCCGGUCGGCGCCACCGACUGGGGAAAACCUGAAACUACAUACAACCUCUAUGAGGUUCUUUUCAAGGUUCAUAAGCUGUGGCUGGCUGAGGACUGCUGGCUGCAGGCGCGGCUCUUCCUGGGUCUGGAUGGUUCUCCGGAUCAGCCGGACGGCGACCCGCUCUGCUUCAGCAUCCUGGUGGGCCACGGCCAGAGCCACACCUUCAGGGUGGAGCUGGCCUCAGACCUGGCAACCUGGGACAAGUCCUUCCAGAGGGCCGUGUUCCUGCAGGUGCAGCGAGUCGGGUCUAAAAGCUACAUGUGCAGCAGCCAGGGGAGCGUUCUCAGCUUCACGCUGGAUUUUGGAUCCGGGUUUAGCUGCUCAGAUGUGACUUCAAAGGCUGUUCUGUGGAGAUACAAGUUCUCUCAGCUGAAAGGCUCAUCUGACGACGGAAAAACCCGAGUCAAGCUGCUCUUUAAGAACGCUGACAGCAACCAAAUAGAAAUGAAGGAACUGGAGUUUGCCAACCUGACGGCGGUCCUCCACUGCAUCCACUCCUUCAUCGCUGCCAAGGUGGCGUCCAUGGAGCCCGGCUUCCUGUGCGGCCAGAGCCUCGCCACGCACAUCAGCAGCUAGACUUCCUGUUCCUGUGGCGCACCAGACACGGUCCUGUUGCUGGAUGUUUUUCUAUAAACGUCUGUGAAGCAUUUAGAUUAAUUCAUCAUAAAGACUUUAUCAGCUGAAAGAGUUUAUUUUAUUGGAAGCAUCAUGAAGCAGAGCAGCAGGCUGAACGAGGCCGGCGCUCCGUGUCGGGAUCAAACGGGAACUUUCUGGACUGUCGGCAGAGGAAAACAUCAGCUAAGAAGCCAGAUGGAUUCAUUUCUGCUCAUAUUUUCUGAAGUAUUUCACGUUGCUCAACUCCUGGGACUGAUUCGGGUCAGACGGAACCAGCUGGAUCCGCCGCAGCUAGAACUCUGAUGGUUGUGCAUUUUGUGGAAACGGGAAUCUGUCUCCGUUACUUCCUGUUUGUGUUUUCAGCUGAAAUGUUUCCUUCUGAUUGGCCGGUUGGAGUGACUCUUUUUCUACUUUGCUCCGGCCAGCAGAGGCUUUCACUGCCUCACUGCACAUUAUUAAACACUUUUAUAAGAAAUGUUAUUCUGGUAAUGUUCAUUUUUUUGUUGCUUCAUUAAUAUUCACCUAUAAAUUACAUAUUUUCUGCUGUUUCAGUAAAGAAAGUUUACAGAGCAGCUUCCUAUAGCUCAUAUUUAUCUGCUUAUUACUGACAUUCAUUUUAUUAUAUCUAUAAAACUGUUUCAUUUUUUAAAUUAAAAUGCUUGGUUCAUGUUUCGCUCUGUUGCCUUUUUACUUGUGAAUUAUGUUUAUAAAAAUCUGUUGUCUGUUAUUGUUCACUGCUAUUUCUGCAUUUUACACAGAACUAUGAUUAAUAUAAAAUAUUCUGGCUUUAUUCUGACAACAACAAUUUGACUUAUUGUCAGAAAUGAAUAAAAUGUGUUUUAAGAUUGUCAUUUUCACAUUUUGUUGUUUUAGCAGGUUAGUCUGGAUUCUGAUAUCUUUAAAAUCAAAUUCAUGUUUUGACUAUGUCCUCCAGCUUUUAUAGUCUGGAGGACAUGCUGUUACUGAUGAAAACAUGUUUUUAUUUUCAUCUAUAUCCACCGUUUUAUAUAUUCAGUCUAUAUUUCACACUGUUGGAUGGACCUGAUGGCUCUGCAGCCAUUAUUAUUAUAAUCACUUGAACAUUAAAAUCAGAAAGCUUCA